AAGCCCCGCCCCCUCCCCUGUGCACACGGAAGUGCUGGCUCAGAGACUCUCCUGCAGCUGCUAAUGGUGUGCGGGGUGCCCAUACAGUGUGUGUGUUUUGUGUACUGUAGUGUGUUUCUCCGUGAGUAUACCAUCAGUGUGUAGCUGCAGCUUGCUGUGUAGGAAGCGUGCUGAUUUUCUUGGAACUUAAGUGUAUACCAUUUCUUAAGUGUGCCCGAGCAUUGUGCUACCCUGGUAGGGUUAGUUGCUGCUAGAGGUGUGUAACAGUCACGUACACCCUGUGGCAUGAUUACAGAUUGCUGUGUGUUAUAAAGUACUCUAAUAUGUGGCUGGUUUGAGUGUAUCUGUUACAGACGCCAUAGGGAAGUGUGUAUCAGUACGUACACGUCACAUAGGCAGCUGUGUGUCACUAUUUGUUAUAUAGGGUUAUCCCUGUGUGCCCAUACUGUACCGCUCUGUGUGAUGUUUGCCACUGCUUCCCUGUUGUGUUUGCUGUUGUGUGGAGCUAGUUUGGGUUCACAGUGGCUCUCUGAUGAAACACAGGUCUCUGACUUGAUACCCAAGUCACUAUGGGCAGAGCAGCUUUCUCUGUCACUGCUAUCACAAUAUUCCUUGGCACCUGAUCUACUGGACCCUACCAGUUGUCUCCCGCUUUUACACGAGUUUGCUAACAAUAGCGCUGACCUCAGCAACUGCUUGGCGAGCAAGGCUUGGCCUGUGCGCCUGUGCCAGCACUGCUACAAGGAAUAUUUCCAGCUCAAAGUCACCAUGAACAAGAUUGGAAACCCUUUACAGAACAGCACAAUCAGCUGUACAACAAUACUACUGCAGUCUGAUCGGGUGCAGGUCAUAGUCACCCUUAAUGAUUUCUUUGAUGAGUUGUGGAUCAAUUCCAAGUGUGCAAAUUGCUUACAGAAAAACAGCUCAGACAUACUAAACAGCACCACCCAAUUUAUGAAUUUAUUUGAUGGCUUGAUCCAGUGCUUUAACAGAACAAGACAGGUACCUCAAUUCUCCAUAAAGCCAGACAAUUUUUCCAGAGUGUGCCAAACUUGCAAUGACAGCUAUCGCAAUCUGAGUGACUUAUACACUACGUUAGAGCACACAAAUGCUCUGUGCAUCGACUUAGAAGAUGCUAUGAACAGCACUCGCAGACUUUGGAGCAAAACUUUCAAUUGUACAUUACCCUGUACUGACACUGUGCCAGUCAUUGCAGUUUCAGCAUUCAUCUUAUUUCUGCCUGUAGUCUUCUAUCUCAGCAGCUUUCUUCACUCUGAACAAAAGAAGCGCAAACUCAUAAUACCUAAGAGAUUAAAAUCAAAGGCCAGUGUGGCAAACAUACAAGAUAAGACUAACUGAAGGUCACAGUAUGAACUACAGUGCUUGCACAGGAAUACACUGCAUAUUGCUGGGUAUGGACACAUUCUAUGCAAGAGCACAUGGUUAUUUGGUUCCUCAUGUCACGAGUCUUAAGCACACAAUGGACCUUUUAUUACUGAAGGAAGAUGACUGACUACAACUCUAUGUAUACUGGCCCUCUCAUCACAUUAUUUGUACAGGAAUUCUACCAAUAUGUAUUUACUAGUGCAUUUGUUUGCACCAUUUCUUUAGUAAGUUUUGGAUAAGUUUUUUUUUUUUGUCCCCCCCCCUAUAUAAUUCUAGUUCUUACAUUUUCCUUAACGCCAUCAUAGACCCUUGUAAAGCUAUAGAAAUUUGUUACAAAUUGUUAUUUUCCUUGAGAUUACAACAAUUGGCGUACAUAUAUAAGUGAUGGUAAAACUGUUUUUAAAAACUGAUCCUGCAUUACAUAAUGAGCAUAUUUGUCCACAAAUUCUCUAUAUUGGAGAAAUCCUAGGUGCUCUAUGCAAAUAUUGUGCAUUUACGAAGUUACAUUCCUAGACUUGUGUGUCUACACUCACAGGAGCUGGUAGAGGUGGCAGUUUAUUUGUACCUCGCUGACAGGGAUUUUUAACUCAAUGCAGUGUUUCUGUUGAUUGUGCCAGUGAGAUCAUUCCAAGAGAUGAAGGCAUUGUGUUGACAUCCAUUGUGCUCCAAUUUCAGCUCCCCUGGAUUAGCUAGGCUGCUGCCUGCCAUGCAGACUCUGAAAGCAUUACCUUGAUUUGGUGAAUCAUAUGAUUGAGAGCUGUUCAAAGCAAUCUUUCAUUUAUGCUAAUAAAAGCUGGUUUAUAUCUGCCAAGUUACAGAAUGACAGCUUUGAUUCUGUAAUCAGUGGCUUUUUGAGUACAUUCAUGCUAAGUAGGGCUGAAAGUCAUUACUACAGUAUUGGGCAGUUAAGAGCUUUACCAGUGAAGCGGCUUUAAUUUACUUUCCUGGCUUUAUAGCCAAUUAAAAUCAUUCUAACAAACACCUUAGGUUUUUCAUAUGUUACUGAAACAAAUUUUUCCUGUUUUUUUUUAUUUAUUUUUUCUUCUGCUAAAUGUAUAAAUAUUAAAAUGACUACUGAGCACGUACAAUAGAGCUGGAGAAGAUUUGCUAGACAAUGGUAGAUAUGUAGAGAAUAAUUCAUAAUGAAAAAAUUUACUUAAAAAGCUCAUAUAAUCUUGAAUAUUCAGUUAUGCUAGUUAUUUCAUAGUCCGUUACAGUAAUUGCUGAUAAGCUCAUGCCAUGUUCUAGUCUAUGCAUUUGGCAGAGCAGCCCGUAAUACGCAAAGUAAUGUGAUGUUUCUAGUAAUAGUUAUGGGAUAUUCUCCCUUCCCCUGUGUACUUGUACAUUUUUGAAGCUUUAGUAUAGGGAGUGCUGAUUGAGCCCAUUGAUUGAAGGGCAAUAAGGAUAGAUUUGGCUUUCAGUUAACCACUUAGUUAACUACUUAGGUCAUAAAACUUGGAAUCUUUAUUGUUCGCAAUUUAUAUCAGUUAUACAAUGGUACAUUUGUAUAGUUUAUUAUGGACAGACUUAUGUUUGUAAUAUGUCCUCAUGUUUUCUGAUGCUGAAAGAUGAAAAACAAUAGUAAUAAUAAAAAAUAUCUGCAUUUAGUAGUA